AUGGCCGCGGCGGCACCAUCCUCGUUGUUCUUACGCCUAGUCAACACCUGGCGACUCCUUGCCCUCCGGAGCGAUGUUGAUGAUAUCGUACUGGAACUGCUCGGCCGCUUCUCGCUCGAGAAGAUAUACGCAGGUGCCGGCGACCGGGACGCCUACCAGCACCUGGUUAUCGGCUUGCUCGCCCAGCUCAAGGCCAUCUUUGACCUCCAGCGCUUAACUAUCCCACCAGACACCACCCAUAUUGGAUGGUACCUCGGCUUUCUCGUUAGUUGGGAGAUCGGGCUACGGUCCGUCGAGCUCGUUCUCCAGAUCGUAGCCGAGGGUCGCGAGUGUCUCUGGGAACAUCGGCAACUCCGCGACAGGCACCUGGCCGAGUUUCUUCUCUCCGCCCUCCGCGUCCUAGCCCUUCACCCAAAAGCCCCGGCGAAUAAGCGCACAAGGGAUCGACGUGAACGUUUCGCGCGUAUCCACGGAACCUUGGAGCAAGUUUUUGACAGCUACCCGGGCCCCAAGUCAUUCCUGCUUGAGGUGUGCAAAGAGGUGACUAACCAGCUUCACAUCGACCCCGACGCCCUCGCUCUGCCGCCGAGGUUUCGGUCGCAACUUCCCACCUUGACAUCGGAACUGGUACGGAUCAACCUCAUAUCCCCCACCAUUUCCCACCUUUGGCUGGUCGAUGACGACGUUGAGCUAACAUCUGCCCAGUAUCCCCUCCCGCCUUGUUUACAACCCGCUUCAGUCUCCGAGCUGGCACCCGCGAAUGGGCUUGGAAACUGGCUGUCCCAAUUCCUGGCUCUGCGUGACGUGUCGCAGUUCGUGAUCGCUGCGUCGAUUCAAUAUGCGGCAAAUGGAGGGACGCGGGAUGUGCGCUUACAGGCGUCGUCUGCUAGGUCCCGGAACGCGAUUUUGACCGCCCUCGACAACUUGCGCACACCCCCUCACCUAUCCAGGGUGGACAUGGUCGCAGAGUUUAGCACCCCCUUCCGCAUCGUUCUCCCCGAUACCCUUGACCUUUCUCGUCGCGAAGUUUCUGGGUUUCGCGUAGAUGAGUGCGAAUUGGACGCCUUGGACAGCCUGGGUACAAAGCUUAAGGAACGCCAGAUAAUCCAUCGCGUCAGCGACAGGGAAAUGGUGCAUAAUGUCUCACAGAUCGUCCGAAAUAUUCUGCUACAAGACGACCCCGGCGGUUCCUUCGCUCCCACACGGCCUGGGCUUUACGUCGUGAACUGUCCUGGGUGCCAUCUUACAGGAGCGUCCCAACUUAAAUUCUUGGGCAUUCAACUCCCGUCGGACCCCAUGAACGCUGCUGAGAUUUGCCUUCCAUCAAAAACAAGAUGCGUAACCUGUGGAGAGAUCACCACGCUCGCCCGCGAGGUGCCGGCGGUGCGGCAAACUUGGGAAUUAGUAGAAUCCCUUCGGCCGGAUGCCGACACCAUUAAUGUGGAACGGCACUUGCCAACGCAGUUUCAACUAGGGCCUCCAAAACAACUGGAAAUAAGUGGCCUAUACACUCCCGGCUAUGGCAACAACGUGAUAAACGACUCAGCCAACAGGCCGCGCCAGCUUGAGCUACCUGCCCCGCCCCGCCCUGUAGAGCCUGGACCACCGAGUCUGGUCGUAGGCGAUCCAGGCAGCCCCGGCUACCCAGGCCCCAUGUCUCCCGAGUCCUCGAUCACCUAUCAGCCGCCUAGGCAUCUUCGGAGUGAGCCAUCGCGCCCCGACGUAUCAGGGAACCAAAGCAAAAAGGAUUUUGAAGAGACGAACCAUACUUUCGCGCACCUGGAUGCCAGUUUCUUGACGUACCCACCGCCCUUCUCCCGAGAUUCACCGGCCUUUCGCAGGCAGGUGGGGGCAGACGAAGCGCCUUCGAUUACCACCCCUCGGACAGUUCCCUUGGUCACAUCGGUCGAGAAGGGAAAAUCUAGGUGGAAGUUAAAAUUCACUGGGUCAAAGAAAGUCCCCCCGGUGGGGACCUCUGGAGACUCGAGUUCGCUCUCGUCGACGGCGUUAGAGGCCCAGAAGCUAGAGGAGAUCUCUCUCUCCGGUUUGCUUAGCACACAGAAGGGUCAUAUCAGAGGGAAGCACUCGAAAAACAUCAAUGUUCAUCUUUCCCACAGCUCGGCACUCGCUCUAUUUUGGACGCAGCUCCUAAUACACGUGUGGGAUGUCGGCACGUCGCCGCCGACCAUGGUGCGGGCGAUCUUGCCGGAAAGCACUUGCAUCCUCGCAGCCGUAGCAAGGAUGCGUCUGGCUUACAUCAUUGGUACCAGGGACCAGAGGCUCACGCUGCGGAUCGUGAGCCUAGCCCAGCCAACAGAGCCUGUAGUCGAGUACCGAAUACCAUCGUCUCUUUGGUGCAGGAGCAUUGCGAUUGAUAGGCAAGAGAAUUAUGUGGUAGUUGGAUUUGAAAACGCGACCGUUCGCUUCUUUAACGCAAGGAGCGUCGAUCAGCCCCGGGAGGACCGACUGCACACGCCCCUCCAUCAGGAUUGCCGCAGUUGCCCGUCCGUGGACACCCUGGCGUUUUCCAAUGAUGGCUUGGUACUCCUCGCAAGCACCCGAAACCCCAAGACCGGCUUAAUACAGACGUACUCAUGGCGUUUUCCAUUCCACGUCUUCCAAGAGCUCACCACGUGCCGAUACUCAGUCCCACUUCAUGAGUCAGAAGACAACGGUGUGUCCUCAGCAUCAUUUCGGCCCGGGCUUGACGGCGAGGAGAACUUAGUCUGCAUCACCACAUGGACUCAGUCUGGCACCCCUGUGUUGAUCCAGCCGCAGGAUGGAUAUAGAAGCGAAAUUCGAACGGAUAUUUCUGGCCGACACAGCAAGCUCGGAAACCGCGUACAGUGCGCUGCUUUCUCACCAUCGGGCAAAGAGCUAGUGAUGGUUAACGACAAAGGCCACGUGUUCCAGGUUUCUAACCUCAACUCCAACCCAAUGGACGUCCGCCGUAUCGCAUCCUCUAGAGAGCUGACUACCAAGUCUGAGUCAUUCGCCAUGUCAUUUAUGAGUCUCUCGGACGAGGAACACAUCGUGCUUGCGUGGGCAGACUCCUCGAGGGCUAUUGGAUGGAUAAGGAAGAUACCUGCGGUGUCUAGGUUUUACUUAUAG